CACAAUGCCUUAUAAAGUCCCCAAUACUGUUUGUUCUUAUCUUGAUCAACCCAAUACGAGAAUUAAUACGACCAAGUGCUCGCAUUGCCUGUUUAGCAACCGUCACGAUGUGUAUGCACGACUACCAAGAAGGCUCGGUGCCAGAGCCGUCACCAAAUCAUUCAGAGCCAUUUCCUUGGCAUAUCGGAGUCUUUGAUGCGCACAAUCACAUUGGAGAGAGGAUAAACUCAGUAGCCGAUUUGCCAAACAUGAAAUCUCGUGCCGUAGCAAUAAUGGCAACGCGAACUCAGGAUCAACCUCUGAUUGCCUCAAUCGUCAAAUCUCAUGGGGUCAAAGGUCCCGAAUGUUUCUCACAAUCCAAAACGACUGUUAUCGCAGGUUAUGGCAGACACCCGUGGUUCUGCCAUGAAUUGUUUGACGACUCGCUAGAGACUCCGACAUACGUACCCUCUGCGUACGUCGAGGACGCGAAGGCGGCGCACUACAAGGCUGUGCUUUCACCAGCUCCAACAGAUCCAGCUUUCUGGCGUCAUCUCCCAGUACCGAUAGCACUCUCAACUUUUAUCUCUGAGACUAGAGCUCGACUACUGGAAGAUUCUUUUGCGGUGGUUGGAGAGAUUGGUCUUGAUAAGCCAUUCCGACUACCUAUGCAAUGGCCGGAUCCGAAGCCAGAGCUAGAUCCCGCUCGUACACCAGGAGGUCGUCAGAGGAGACCACUCAGUCAACAUCGCAUACAGCUAUCUCAUCAAAAAGCGGUUUUCAUGGCGCAUCUCAAAUUAGCAGGAGAGCUUGGAAGACCGGUCAGUGUUCACGGCGUUCAGGUCCACGGCAUUCUCUACGAUGCGUUGACGGAGUGCUGGAAAGGCCAUGAGCUUCGAGGUCGCCGCUCAAGGGAAAAAGAGAAGAAAGAGGGCAAAGCCGCACAACCACCGGAAGGCGCUCCAAAACCAUACCCUCCACGAAUCUGUCUUCACUCAUUCAGCGGUUUAUCCGACGCUGCCAAGCAAUAUCUCAAACCUUCCAUCCCAGCCAAGAUCUUCUUCUCUUUCUCCAAGACCAACAAUCUGCGAUCCGAUGAAGAGAGGAAAAAGGCGGAAGAUGCGAUAAAGAUAGUACCGGACAACAGGAUAUUGGUUGAGAGUGAUCUUCAUACGGCUGGCGAAAGGAUGGACAGUGAGCUUGAGGAGAUGUACCGGGCCAUUUGUGAGGUUAAGGGUUGGAGAUUGGAAGAAGGUGUUGGGAAAAUAGCUGAGAAUUACCAGGAGUUUGUCUUUGGCUGACUUAGCAGUUAUCAUGGCCUCAGAUGUUGCAGUGUUCACGUACAUACGCGGCUCAAUAUCAUUUAAGCGCGGAGA